GGGGUGGAUUGUCACGGGGAGAAAGGGAGAGAGAGACACGGGGAGAGACAGAGAGAGACAGAGACACACAGGGGGAGAGACAGAGACACAGGGGGAGAGAAAGGCGGGGAGACACAGGGAGACACGGGGAGGAGAGAGGCAUAACGGGCGGAUAGAGAGACAUUAACAAGAGCAGCAGCAACAGCUUCGCCGCCUCCACCACCGCCGCGCAGCCUCAGCCGUCUCCCGCGCCGCUCCACCAUUUACGUCUCAAGCGACAUGGGGGCCCGCGACGACGAGUACGACUACCUCUUUAAGGUGGUGCUGAUUGGAGACUCGGGCGUCGGAAAGAGUAAUCUGUUGUCGCGCUUCACGCGCAACGAGUUCAACCUGGAGAGCAAGAGCACCAUCGGCGUGGAGUUCGCCACGCGCAGCAUCCAGGUGGACGGCAAGACCAUCAAGGCGCAGAUCUGGGACACGGCCGGGCAGGAGCGCUACCGCGCCAUCACCUCCGCGUACUACCGGGGCGCGGUUGGCGCGCUGCUGGUGUACGACAUCGCCAAGCACCUGACGUACGAGAACGUGGAGCGCUGGCUCAAGGAGCUGCGCGACCACGCCGACAGCAACAUCGUCAUCAUGCUCGUGGGCAACAAGAGCGACCUGCGGCACCUGCGCGCCGUGCCCACCGACGAGGCCAAGGCCUUCGCAGAGAAGAACAACCUGUCCUUCAUCGAGACGUCGGCCCUGGACUCCACCAACGUGGAGACGGCCUUCCAGACCAUCCUCACAGAGAUCUACCGGAUAGUCUCACAGAAACAGAUGUCGGACCGCGCCGGCCACCACGACUCGCCCAGCAACAACGUGGUGGACAUCACAGUGCCGCCCACCGAUCCCAGCAAGACAAACAAGUUCCAGUGCUGUCAGAACAUGUAACACUCAUCCUCCCGUUCCCCUCGCUUACACACUCACACGCGUCGAGAGCCCCGUAUAGAUCCCCGCUCCCACUCCACACCCCCACGCACACGAGAGCACAUGCACCCCCGAGCGCACAAUGCCGUGAUGGGACGGCAGUGCCAGACACGACGGCUCCCGGGCACCGCGUGUGGAGGUCAAUUCACUCGACGACGUCUUUGGCCUCGUUUCCUCGCCGGUGACGUUGCGAGGGGGCGGGGCAGGUGUUUGGCCAGGGUCCCCUUCUAGUGCUCACCCUCCCACCCGCCACUUCGUCUCAUCGUCCAUGAUUCUCACUCUCGUAGCUUCGCGCACCAAUUAACCCCGGGCUCGCCCCGUCUGCUUGGGGUUGUACAUAUUCUUGUGAGGGCGGGUGGCUGAUGGACUGUGCCACUCUGCCGUGAGGAAUAGGGGGUUUGUGCCACCACUUAAAAAAGCUAUGGGAACCAAGUGUGGUGCCUGCUAGCUGCUUUCCAUCAGCUCAAUUGGUACAGCCCAAUAGGUCCCAUGGGCUGUGACCUCAAGUUGGUAGAGUCCAGAAGGGACCAUGGGCUGCGAUCCCAUGGUCCCUUCUCGGCCAUCUGUGCUUUGCAUUGGAACCGUUUUGAUCGUGUGUAACCAAGUGACUAUACACCUGCAAAUAUAUUGAUUCGUAUCCACA